AUGUCUCCAUUCCCCUCCUUCAUAGUCGCCAAAGCAAAUGAAUUUCUCAUAAAAACUGGAAUGGGAGUCGAGGACAUCUAUCUCUGCAAGAAAUGCUGGGUGUAUCCCUUCCAACGCGUCACUGUAUUCAGUGUGUCCCCGGUAAACUAUACUCUCUCGCUACAAGCUAUGAGCGCUGAGAAAUUAGAAUUUACACUCCCCGCUGUCUUCACGAUCGGGCCCCGAGAUCAAGACCAAGAUGCGCUCAAGAAGUACGCACGCCUCCUGAGUGGAUCGUUUGAUAAAAAUAACCAGAGCAAUGAAUUGGAGGAGCUCGUUCGGGGUGUUAUAGAGGGGGAAACACGUGUGAUUGCUGCUUCGCUGACUAUGGAGGAGAUUUUUCAGCAGAGGAAGUUGUUUAAGGAGCAAGUUAUCAAGAAUGUGCAAAGCGAGUUAGAUCAAUUUGGGCUCUUCAUCUAUAACGCCAACGUGAAGCAGCUCCAAGACACAGCCGGAUCCGAGUACUUCCAUUUCCUGAGACAGAAGACAGAGCAAGGCGUCGUCAAUCAAGCCAAAGUGGACGUCGCUGAAGCCAAAUACCGAGGAGACGUUGGGGAAAAGGAACGGUCUGGUCUUACGCGUCGAGAGCAAGCUAGAAUCGAAGCAGACACGGUCAUCUAUGAGAAUGAGAAGAAGGCCGAUGUUGCUAAAGCUCAAGGAAGUCUCGCUACGAAGAACAUUGAAAUUGACAAUAGUGUGCUUUUAGCACGUAUUCAAGCUGAUAAGAGAGCUCAAGUCGUGGACGCUGAUCUCCAAAAGGAACUUGAAAUCAAAUUGGCUGCCAUGACGCUUGAAAAGCAGAGAAGUGAUGUCUUGGCCAAAACCAAGGUCGAUGCUGAAGGAACGAUUACUAUGGCCGAUGCUGCUUUAUACAAACAACAACGACAAGUCGAUGGAGAGCUGUAUGAGCGCACGAAAACAGCCGAGGGAAAGCUGUAUCAACAAUCUAAAGAAGCAGAGGGUAUUCUUGCAAUCUAUGAAGCUCAAGCAUCUGGUCUCAACCGUCUGAAGCAAGCUCUUGGAAGUGAACGAGCGGUUUUAGAUUACUUGAUGCUGGACAAGGGAUUGUACUUGGAUCUGGCCAAAUCGAAUGCUGAAGCGAUCCGGGGGCUGCAACCCAAGAUUACCGUUUGGAAUACUGGAUCUUCAAAUGGUGAAACUGACACGAUGAGACCUAUUCGAGAUGUGUUUCAAAGCAUCCCACCUCUUUUGACUACAAUUCAAGAACAAACAGGCAUCACUGCUCCAGCCUGGAUGGCUAACAUGCAGGGAGCCACUGCUCCAGCUCCAGCCCCGGUACCGACCAAACAAGUGAAUGGCAUCAAGGGAUGA